CAGGAACACUGGCAGCUUCAAUCUUGAGAUAGCCUUACUCUUCGCUUUUCCUUUUCAAUUCAGGCUUACUACCACUUUUUUUACCCAUACAUUUUCAUCCUUUAUAUUUUACUCUCUCUGGCUUCAUUUUACUCACCAGGACUACGAGAUUUCAUUCGCACAAUCGUCUUAUUUUAACCCGUUGUUCCUCGACACCGAUAAUCUCAACUUCAAACUCGCAGCCAUGUCUUUGUGUCAAAAUCGGCUCACUGAGGAACGAAAGCAAUGGAGAAAGGAUCACCCGUUCGGAUUCUACGCAAAGCCUCACCGCACCGCCCAGGGUGCCCUUGAUUUGAAACGCUGGGAAUGUGGUAUGCCGGGCAAAGCUCAAACCCUCUGGGAGGGUGGCUUUUUCAAGCUCGAUGUGACCUUCCCCGAUGAAUACCCGACAAAGCCCCCUAAGUGCAAGUUCGUGCCGCCUCUCUUCCAUCCCAACGUUUACCCUUCUGGAACCGUCUGUCUGUCAAUCCUGAACGAGGAGGAGGCUUGGAAGCCGGCCAUCACCAUCAAGCAGAUCUUGCUCGGCAUUCAAGAUUUACUCGACGACCCAAACCCAGAGUCCCCAGCUCAGGCGGAGGCCUACAACCUCUUCAAGAAGGACCGCCCGGCCUAUGAGCGCCGCGUCAAGCAGAUUGUGCGGGAGAACCCUGCUCCGUAGACUUUGAUGUCCCGGAUCUUCGUUAAGAAAGAAAGAAGAAAAAGGAACUGGAGCAUCUGGCAGCUCUUUUGGAGAUCUUGCAUCUGGGUUUGAUAUUUCUCGAGCGAAUUCGGCGUGACACGGAAGGGGCGUUUGUAUAUCCCUUAAUGUUAGCGAUUGUCUUGUCUUCAUGCAUAUAGAAGAUCUUUAGUGGGUCUUAAUGGAAUUGACGAGAAUCAAGUAUUCUAACAUUCAUGAGAAAGACCUCUUCUAUCAUUUCCAUUCCAGGAGUACGCAGCAGUAUGUAACCAUUGCUACUACAUUAGUAUCUACUAGACCAUCUCCAUCGGCA